AUGAGUGCGACGUCAUCAAGCUUAGAGCCUCUCUUUACAUUCCUUGCUCAGUCUUAUGAUACCUUCGAGACGACGUUCUACAAGAUACCUGGUUCCGCGGUAAUUGCACGCUACGUCAGGUCAUCGCAUCGAGAUGACCCUGGCCGCACGCUCCUCGAAGUCAUCCUGAUCAUCUUCGCCAUUCGGACGUUGCUUCAGUCAAGGACACAGGCUGAGACAUCUGGCAAGCAUUUCAUUAACUUCAGCGAAAAGGAAAUCGAUGACUUGGUGGAUGAAUGGACGCCCGAACCCUUGGCCCCGCCUCUUGAUGUCACUGAGCAGUCAGAUUUGGACGCUGUGCCUAUCAUCGCGGGACCCACAGGACCCAAGCCCAAGCUCGUGAACGGAAAGACGGUGCUCAACCUUGCCACCUACAAUUUCACAGGCCUUGCUGGUAACGCAAAAAUCAAAGAGCGCUGUGUGGAAACGCUACGCAAGUACGGUCUUGGUAGCUGUGGUCCUGCUGGCUUCUAUGGCACGCAGGAUGUACACAUCCAGCUAGAGCAGGACAUCGCAGACUUUUUGGGCACCGAGGCAUCGAUCAUCUACUCUCAGGCGUUCUCUACCGUCAGCUCGGUUAUUCCCGCCUUCUGCAAGCGCGGCGAUAUCAUCGUUGCCGACCGCGGCGUUAAUUUUGCCAUCCAGAAGGGUCUGCAGAUCUCUCGUUGCACAGUGCGUUGGUAUGAUCACAAUGACAUGGAGAGCCUGGAGCAUGUCCUCGAGAGCGUCGAGAAGGAGCGUCGCAAGAAGAGGAUGCCGCUGACCAGGAGGUUCAUAGUGACGGAGGGUAUCUUCGACCAUGACGGCGUGAUGUCAGACUUGCCAAAGCUGGUGGAGCUGAAGUUGAAGUAUAAGUACCGGUUGAUUCUCGACGAAAGUGUCUCAUUUGGCAGCGUUGGGCGCACCGGACGCGGCUUGACUGAACUGUAUAACGUUCCGGCCUCGCAAGUGGACAUGCUCGUGGGUUCGAUGGCCACUGGGCUCACGUCAGCUGGUGGCUUCUGUGCCGGUUCGCACAUCGUGGUCAAGCACCAGCGCAUCAACGGUACCGCUUUCGUGUUCUCGGCUUCAAUGCCACCGAUGCUGGCUGUUGCAGCAUCAGAGGGUAUCAAUAUCCUGCGGCAAACACCAUCCAUUCUGAACACGUUGCAGGAGAACGUCAGAGCGGUCCGCGCGAUUCUAGAUAAGGUGGACUGCAUUACGAUCCCCUCGCACACCGCCAGCGCUCUCAUCCACAUCAACGUGCGCACCGCCACCCCGCCAGCCGCCACACUCUCGCCUGUUACACCCAUGACGCCCGCAUCGCCGCUCUCGCCCUCGUCCGUGCGGUUCUCGAAUCCGGCAUCGGUGUACCCGCGGGAGCGCGUGCAAUUCGACGGCCCGCUCGAGGAACGGUUGCUACAGGAGGUCGUGGAAGAGGCGCUUGCGCAGGGCGUGAUGCUCACGCGAGCCAAGCGGCUGCGCGGUCAGGAGCCGACGGAUGUGCGACCGAGCAUUCGCCUCGCGAUCAGUGCGGCGAUGUCGCGUAAGGACUGUGAGAAGGCAGCGAACGUGGUCAAGGCCGCUUGCGUUAAGAUCCUGGGCAAGCGUCGAUAG